AUGGGUUCCAAGAUUAUAAAGUCUAUAAUCCUUGAUAAGCUUCGUGAGAAUCCUAAUAAGAAGGCUAUAGAUAUAUACCAUGAGAUAAAGUCAGAUUAUGGGAUGGAGGUAUCUUAUCGUACGGCUUGGUACGGUAAAGAGCGUGCUAGAGAAUCUGUUCUUGGUGGUGAUGCUGAUUCUUAUGCUCAGUUAGUUUGGUUUGUGGUCAAAAAGCAGUGGAAUCAAACCCUGGCUCUACUAUCAAGAUUGAAUAUGAACCUGAAACUCACAGGUUUAUAUCCAGUUGCUUAUGCUAUUUCUGAAACUGAAAGUAAUUGGAGAUUUUUCCUUCAGUGUGUAUCUGAAGUGUUGUCAAGAUACCCUAUGAGGCAGGUGACAUUCAUUUCUGAUCAGAAUCCUGGUCUUCUUAGUGCAUAUCCGCAUGUCUUUCCCAAUAAUCCACAUGGUUUUUGUUUUAGGCACCUUGUAGAAAAUCUCUCCAAAAAGUAUCCAAGUCAGUCACCCCUUCAUAAAUCUGUUCCUUAUUUAUUCAUGUGUUGUGCUUAUUCUCGCACCCCGGACUCGUAUGAGACCAACCUUGCAAAAUUGAAGGAGGAAGGGGGUUCUAUUGUUGAAGAUUUUCUAAAGGACCUUCCCAAGGAGAGCUGGUGUUCGGCUUUUUUUAACGAGGAGAGGUUUGGUGAAAUGACCAACAAUUUGGCCGAGACUUUUAACAAUUGGAUGGGGGAUUUGAAGAGUCUUCCUAUUUAUGAUCUGAAUGAAGGUAUUAGAACCAAGUCUAUGGAGAGAAUUGCUGAGCAGAAGGAAGGGUCAAAGGAAUGGGUCACUAUUUUGUGUCCAAACAUGGAAAAGAAAUUGAUUAAUAACUUGGCGGUUGGGCGACAUUGGCGAGUUAUGAGAUCUGAUACAUAUGUUUAUGAAUAUCAGUGUCAAAAGUACAGGGUAAUGGUGAACUUGGGAGAGGAUUUCAUUUGUUCGUGUAGGGAAUGGAAAUGUCAUGGUUUUCCUUGUUCACAUGCCCUUGUUGCAAUUCAGCAACAUGGUGUCUCUCCUUACUUAUAUGUCAGCCCUUACUAUAAGGUGGAUAAAUUCCGAGAAACCUACUCUCACACCAUUAACCCAAUCCCUUCCAUUUCAAUGCCUGUUGAUCUUUCUCGAUCGUCAUUUCCAUUGCAGCCUCCUUUGACUAAAAGACUUGUUGGAAGGCCAAAAACAAGAAGCUACAUUGAUGGAUACAGUAGUUACAUUGAUGGAUUCAAGUUCUUUUUAGCAGUUACAUGCAAAGUUACAAUUCUGCUGUUGGAUGUUUCAUUUUUUUAG